GACUUCUUGGGGAGAUACAGCUUCAAUGGAAACUCCAACGCCUAAACAACCAGCAGUCAAAGCCGUCUCUCCUAGGUCCAAAAUCCCCGUCAAAAUCCCUCUCAAAGUGCAACAAGUUCAACAUACCACAAACUACAAUCAAAUCACAACCUACUUCAAGAUCCCCGAAAAGCUGCCCCGCACGCCCACGCUCAAGGGCCUCGAUGUCACACGCCUGCCCGACGACCUCAAGCUGAUCGGGCCCGAGAAUUGGGCCACUUGGUCCAGCAUCAUGAUGGCCAUCGCCGACGUCUCGGGCUUCGAUAAGGCGGCACUGGAGGAGAUACCGCAGGCGGUGCAUGUGAGCUGCUGGCAUAACAGCCAAAAGACGCUGGAGGAGAUUCGCGAGGGCAAGAUGCUGGGGUUGUUGAUCAAGUUCAACAUCUCGGCGCAUAUGAACGACUUGGUGAGCUUGACGACGGAUGGCUACGAGGUGUGGAAGGUAUUGAAGUUGUAUUGCGCGAGGUUUGUGGAAACGGAUCCAACGAGGAUCCUGAAGAGGAAUGGAGGCUGUAUUAAGAUUUCAUGAAUGAUCAACUGACAAAGACUGAGAGAAAUAAUUGACAGAGGCAUGGAAAUGACAGAAGUCACUAGGAUUAUUACUGUACUUGUUGCUGUUGUUGCUAGGGAAAGCAAAGACUACACAAACUGGAAACUGUCUGAUGGUGGGGGAUAUAGCGAUAAGAUGGGUUGAUAACCUUGUUCGACUUUACAGCUCGACGACUUUUUGCAAGUAAAGACUGUUUAAGCUCCUUCUAAAGGAUCAACAUCCUAGUCUAGUUAUUGCCGCAGUCUGCGAAACUAGUGGUGGUG